AUGGUGUGGGUGUUUGUGAUGAACCGGAUGGCCUCCCAGGGAAGUUGCUCAUCCCAGAGGAGGCGAAUGAUCCUGGGGGUUGUCAUCCUCCUGUUAGUGGAUGUCAUAUGGGUGGCAUCCUCAGAGCUCACCUCUUACAUAUUCAAACACCAGCAGUACAGUAAGCCUUUCUUCAGCACGUUUGUUAAAACGUCAAUGUUUGUCUUGUACUUGCUUGGCUUCUUGGUGUGGCGGCCAUGGAGGCAACAGUGCACAGGUGGCCUGCGUCGACGUCAUGCUACCUUAUUUGCCGAUGCAGAGGCUUACUUUGCCUCACGUACAUCAGACAACAGUUUUAGCCACUCCUUAAGUGAACCACUGUAUGUCCCAGUCAAGUUCCAGGAUGUGCCGUUAGAACAGACAGCCUGCACGAACAGAGACUGUGAAACUUCCCCAAAAAAGCACAGAGUGCGUUUCAGUAACAUUAUGGAGGUACGCCAGCUCCCCUCCACCCAGGCCCUGGAGGCCAAACUGUCCCGAAUGUCAUACCCUGUUUCUAAGGACCAGGAGGUCCCUGUCCGAUCUGGGGGCAAACUCACAGUGACUGAUGUGGCUAAAAUCAGCUUCUUCUUCUGUUUUGUGUGGUUUCUAGCCAAUCUGUCAUACCAGGAGGCUUUGUCAGACACACAGGUUGCUAUUGUCAACAUUCUGUCCUCCACGUCUGGUCUUUUCACGCUGAUCCUGGCAGCCAUUUUCCCAAGCAGCAGCGGAGACCGCUUUACUCUCUCCAAACUUCUUGCUGUUAUACUGAGUAUGGGUGGCGUGGCCCUCGUCAGCCUCUCUGGAAUAGACAGCACCAAUGGAAACGGCCUGAUCGGGUCUCUUUGGUCGUUGGCUGGUGCUGUCCUCUAUGCGGUGUACAUAGUGAUGAUUAAGAGGAAGGUUGACCGCGAGGACAGAUUGGAUAUUCCCAUGUUCUUUGGGUUUGUGGGGCUGUUUAACCUGCUCUUCCUGUGGCCUGGUUUCUUCAUACUGCAUUACUCUGGUCUGGAGGUGUUUGAGUUGCCCAGCAGACUGGUAUGGACAUACAUCCUCAUCAACGGCCUCAUUGGCACCGUCCUCUCAGAGUUCCUCUGGCUCUGGGGUUGUUUCCUCACAUCCUCUCUGAUUGGGACUCUGGCCCUAAGCCUCACUAUUCCUCUCUCUGUCAUUGCCGACAUGUGCACACAGAAGGUGCAUUUCUCCUGGCUGUUUUUCGCCGGAGCAGUCCCAGUCUUCCUAUCUUUCUUCAUCGUUACUCUCCUGUGCCACUACAAUAACUGGGAUCCUGCCAUGGUGGGACUGAGGAGGGUGUUUGCCUUUAUCUGCCGGAAACAUCGACUUCAGAGAUUGGCAGAGGACAGUCAGCAGUCAGAGAGUCUCAUUCCCUUAAAUGGCAUUUCAUCUGAUGACUGAAGCCCAGAGACACGCACCAAUCACACGAUGGGUGUUGAGCACCAGUUUGUGACAAUCUGAAAGCUGCCAAACCUUCCAUCUCCAGUGCCUGACACUUCAAAUUCUU